AUGUGCCAAUCUCCUUUGCACGAAUUCCUCGAGGGUCUUCCUAAAUGCGAGCAUCACGUUCAUUUAGAAGGCACUCUGGAGCCAGAGCUCAUCUUUAAGCUCGCGGCACGCAAUGGCAUCACCUUGCCGACCGAUCCAGUCUAUACCUCCGUUGAAACACUCAAAGAGCGCUAUGAACACUUUAGCAAUUUAGAUGAUUUCCUGCACUUCUACUUCGAAGGCAUGGCCGUCCUCUGUAAGGAAGAAGGCUUCGCCGAUCUAGCUUGGGCUUAUUUCCAAAAGGCUCACGCCGACGGCGUACAACACGCCGAAGUGUUCUUCGACCCGCAAGUGCACGAAAGCCGCGGCGUACCCUACAACACCAUUGUCACUGGAUUUUCCAAGGGCUGUAAACGCGCAGAAGCCGAGCUCGGCAUGAGCACACGGCUUAUCCUGUGUUUCGUGCGCCAUCUCCCCGUCUCGUCGGCGAAGGCAGUCUACGACGAGCUCCUAGCCCAUGAGCACUUUGAGUCAGGUAUUGUACAUGGACUGGGCUGGUCUUCUUCAGAAGUCGGCCCGCCGAAGGACAUGUUUCGCGAGAUCUAUGCGUCAGCCGCGAAGAAGAACAUCCCCCUCACGGCUCAUGCCGGCGAGGAAGGCGAUCCGACCUAUAUCAGCACAGCGCUUGAACUUGGUGCACAGCGCAUUGAUCAUGGUAUCCGGCUGGUAGAAGAUGAAGAAUUGAUGCAGCGUGUUGCGCGCGAGGGUAUCCUACUUACCGUCUGUCCGUUGUCAAAUGUGCGGCUGCGCUGUGUUACUGCCGUGAAGGAGUUGCCUAUCAGGCGGUUCCUGGAGGCUGGGGUCAAGUUCUCAAUCAACAGUGAUGAUCCUGCUUACUUCGGUGGUUAUGUUCUUGAUAAUUACUGUGCUGUGCAGGAGGCCUUCAAUCUGAGUGUGCUGGAAUGGAGAAUCAUUGCGGAGAACAGUGUCCAGGAGAGCUGGAUUGAGGAUUCGCGCAAGGCAGAGAUACUGUCGAGUAUCGAAGCGCAUGUCAAGAAGUACAUGCACACCAUUGCAUCAUGA